UCUCAACCUGCCCGGAUCGACGUAGGCAGGUGUCGGCAGAGAGCGAUUCUAUCUACUUUAGUCGUUGUUACUAGCUGCGUUCGCGUCGCGUCGGAUUCUCCCGUGCAUCGUGGAUUCCCUGAGGACAGGGUGACGAAGCGAAGCUCGGAGCACCGCGAGCGGGAGUGCCGUCGAGAGGGUCGCGUUGGCGGGGCCCGGCCGGGAUUUAUGGAACCACCCCAUGGAUAGUAACAUGUCAACCGCCGCCUUCAUGCAUCGGUCGGGUGGUUCCUCCAGCGCGUCAAGUGCUGGCACGGGAUCGUCGACCGGUGGAGGUCCUGGGAACCCGGCUGGAGGUGGCAGGAUGGCCGUCAUCGGCGUGACCAGGAAUGUGCGUCUGAGGCGUCGCGGUAACGCCGGCUUCGGUUUCUCAUUACGAGGUGGACGCGAAUACGCCGCCGGGUUUUACGUCAGUGACGUUCAACCGGGUGGCGAAGCUCACAGAAAUGGAUUAAGGGUAGGCGAUCAGAUCCUGAGGGUGAACGGUUACCCGGUGGAGGACGCCGUCCACCAGGAGGUCGCGCUCCUGGCGAAGAAUCAGCAAGUCCUGGUUCUCAAAAUUCGAAGCGUAGGGAUGAUACCCGUAAAAGACAAUCCGAACGAUCCGGUUACCUGGCACAUGGUGCAGCAACAGCAACAGCAGCUGCAGUACAACGAAACUGGUUUAGGCGGUGUGCCGAGCGCAGAAGUCAGAAUUCGGAUUCUCGUCGGCGAGAAGGGCCGUCUAGGCUGCGGCGUCUGCAGAGGCAUCGUACCUGGUCUCACCGUUCAGGGCACGAGGGAAGGCGGUCCCGCGCGAGCAGCUGGCCUGAAGGCCGGCGACGUGAUAAUCUGGUGCAACGGGCAACGGCUCACCGAUCUUCCGUUUGAGCGGGCCAUCGAGAUGAUGCGCAGCUCGGCGAUUCUCGACCUCGUGGUGCAACGACCCACGUCCCCCAGUCACCUUUACGACUGUCCCGAACCGCUGUGGACCCGCGGCUCCAGCGGCUAUGACUCCGAGACGUCCAGCGUGGCGGCCGCGAGCCCGCCGCCCCAGCAUCAGAACAACCCGUCGUCCUCGCCGCAGCAUCACCAUCACGACGGCAGGAUGCAUCAGCGGUAUCCGCGCGAGGACGCCUGCAACAGAAACGGCAGGAUAUGCUGCCCUCUCGCCCUGUCGACCACCAGCUGCAGUUCCUCCUCGGAGUGGGCGCACGUGGAUCAGGCGCCGGAAUGGUCGCGUAAACCGAAUAACACAACCGUGAUUCGUGUUAAUCAGAGCUCGAACCAGAACCAGAAUCACCGGCCUGUACCGGGUGGGCAGUAUCACUUCAAUCCGCGCGGCAAUUACGACGAUGACAUCGACAACGAGCCGCUUUACGAUCCCGUGGCGCCCAGGAUCGACUACGAGGUGCACGACUUCGACGCAAAUCCGCGAGACGAGGCUAAUCGGCGGCUGGCUUAUCGGCGAGAUAACGCGAGGCAGCAGGACGUGAUUUAUGAUGGUCCCGCGGACGACUUACCCAUGUACCAUGGCUCCAAAGAAAACGGCCAAGCGGUCGGCAAUCGAUUGACGGACCUGCAACUCAUGCAGCGACCGAGCGAGGCCGAGAGGAAGACGAUAACGACCGUAGAGGUGCAUCAGUCGGUUUGUCCACCUGCACCUCCGCCGCCGCUUCCUUACAAAUGGCCAGCAGAGACCAAACCAAUGAACGCCAUGGGAAUGCAAAUGGGCAGCACCAUGUCGAUGGGCAGCACCGGGUCGACGGAGACCGAGUCCAGCCUCGAGUCGUCCUGCAGCAAGGAUUCUGCGUCAACGUCGUCGUCCUUGUCGACGUCGUCCUGCGAGCCGCCAUCCACAGUUUCUUACGGAUCGAUGGCCGGCGGCGGAUCCAGCAGCGUCACCAGCAAAACGACGGAGACUUCGACGGCCGCAUACGCGACGCCGCGCAAGGAUGUCGCGAGGACGUCGCCGAUCGCCAGCACCGAUCUGAGCACCGCCAUCACGCAGGAGUUGCAGAGGCGAGCGCAGCAGAGGAUGAACAAUGCCGCUAAAGCGGAAGCGCCGAAGGAAAAAGCUCCGGAUAAUCGCAAACCUCAGAAUCCCGAAGCUCUAAGAUCGCAGGAACAAAAAGUCACACACGAUAAGCUGAUGGAGGAGUUUAAGCGUGCACACCAAAAGAUGUUCAAUUCUGCUCAGCAAAAGGCGCAGUCCUCGGAACAGGUUUCCAAAGAAGUUCAGGAGAAGGAACAGGAAAAGAGAGUGCUCAUCAACGAGACAACGACGACGGCGGCAACGACGACGGCGACGACGGGUCCUCCGGUGCCCCCGCCGGCGCCUCCUCCGCUUCCGCUUCCUUCUAAAAACAGGAACAGCGACGACUCGGUGGAGAUGCAAAGUAUCGAGUCGUUUAAGCUGAAGGAGACACCCAACACGGUGCCGAAACCACCGCCGACGUACUUCCCGGUGACGAGCUCCUCCUCGACGAACGGUAGUCCGCGGCACGCCGGUACCGGAAGUAAGGUUCCCAAGGAUGCCGCGACGAGUCCCGUCGCAGAGCUCGCCAAGAACUCAUCCGCGUCGGUCUCGCCGACCAACGCUUCGAAAUUACCCGGCGGCAAGGUGGCCAUCAGGAUAGGAGCGUAUGAGGGUGAGACGAAGCAGCCAUCCAGAUUGGAAUUCUUGCCGCAACAGCCGAGUCGCGACAAGAACGGCGUUGUCGACGAAGCGGACAAUGGCCCUGUCGUCUCCAGGCUGCAGAACGAGCUUGCCGCGACCCUGCAGAGGUCGAACCUCAGAAGAAAGACUGAAGGCGAAAAUCAGUCGCCCGUGAAGACUAUUCAUGAGAACGUGGCGAGCAACGUGUCCAACAAAGAAACAACGAAUUCAGAGCCGAACAAGCUUCUUCAGAACAACAUCGAGAAGCUCGCUUCCGCUCUCAGCAACAAAGUCACCAUCAAAGUGAACCCGGAGAACAGUAGUCGAUAAGAAACGCAAUUGAGUCGAAAAGCUGUAGCAACAAUCGUCUUGUAUGUUCGUAAAAUUUUGUACAUUUUUGCACGUUUCGCUAACCAUUUCGACUUAUUAUAUAUAAGUGAAAAAGGCGCUCCCCCUAUUGGUGAGGUUCUUUUACACGUAUACGUGUUUUUUAUAUCUUAUUUAUUAUCGCAUUAUACACCGAAAGUAAGGAGUGAAGGAGCUAAUUCUUAUUAAUCGAGACGAGGUUUCACGACCAGUAUUUAUCACGUAGUCUUUUGAAUGUAAUCCUACUGCGAUCGCGGCUAUGUAUGAAUCUUAAUAGAAAAUUCGACGAAAUGUUGAAUUUUUAAAUAAAAUCAACGACACGUAAA